UUCUACCACUACCACUAGGCCAACCCAGUCUGCCUUGCGAAUCCUACUCACCCUGCAAAACCCAGCUUAGGCAUCACCUCCUCUGAGCAGCCCUCUCUACGUCCUCCGCACCUGGACAGAAUUAAUCACCCCCUGUUUGUGCUACCCUGCACCACGAAUAUGCCUGAACUUCUCACUUCUCUCACCCUGCUGUCAUCAAGUGGUGGUCUGCAUCCCUGAUAGACCCCUAAAGGACUGUGGUUCUUUGCAGGUAUGGCCUACAUGGUGAAUUUAUUAUUUCACCACCUGCAUCAGCACAACACCUAGUGCAUGUCAGUCCACAGUGCAAAUUCAUUCAAUUGGGUUUAAUUUCUGUUUGGCAGGUAAUGGCUCUUCCUUUUUACUCCCCACAGAAAACGAGUGAUUGCUUUUCUUUCCUCACUUUUGGAAGCCCUGCCUCUCACACAGUUGCACUGGACAUCCUGGUUCUUUGAUGGAUGAAGAAAGCCAACUGAUGCAGCCCCAAGACCAGAGCUGCUGGGCCACUCUGCCCGAUGUGUGCCUACAACGUGUUUUCUGGUGGCUGGGAGAUAGGGACAGGUCCAGGGCAGCCCUUGUCUGCAGAAAGUGGAACCAGAUGAUGUAUUCGGCUGACCUCUGGCGAUACAGGACCAUCACAUUCAGUGGGAGACCUUCCAGGGUACAUGCAUCUGAAUUUGAGUCAGCUCUUUGGUAUGUUAAGAAAUUUGGUCGUUAUCUGGAGCACCUGGAGAUCAAAUUCCUGAAUCCUUACAAUGCUGUCUUGACCAAGAAGUUCCAGGUCACCAUGCGAGGCCUUCUCUCGAGUCUGGGCAAGAGUAACAACCGCCUGAAAUCCCUUUCCAUUCAGCACCUGGAGCUGGACCGCCUGGUCUGGAGGAACAGCAUCAGGAGCUCGUUCAUUAAAAGUCUGAGCUUCUUCUUAAAGAAGAUGGGCAAACACCUGGACUAUCUCAACCUGAAAGGCAGCCGGCUGACUGUGGAGCAAGGCUGCCACGUUCUCAACUCCCUGAGCUACUUAAGGAAUGAGAGUAUGGCGUCGGAGCUCAACAUCGAGGACUUCUUUAGCCACCACCUCGCUGUCUACAGCAGCCCCCAAUUCAACAAGACCAUGGCCACGUUCCGCAACCUGGUGUCCCUGACCCUGAACUACAACUGCAUCUCUGACGAGCUGCUCGAGAACUUGUGUGAGAACAAUGCCAGCACCCUCUGGACCAUAAACAUCAAGUGCCACAUUCAUGACCCCCACGGGCAGGUCAUCUGGGGCAUGUCCUGGGCCAAACUGGCCAGGUAUGCCACCAACCUGAAGGUGAACUUCUUCUUCGAGCGGGUCAUGAAGUAUGAGCGCUUGGCCCGGAUCCUCUUGCAGGAGAUCCCGGUCAGGAGCAUCAGUCUGAGAAGCUGUUAUUUCAGUGACCCCGACUGGUCCAUGCGGCCCACCCUGCUGGAUCUCCUGCCCACCUUCCGGCACACUCUGCAGAAAUUAACUUUUGAGUUCAAUAACAACCACGAGUCGCUUGACAAGGAGCUGCACCUCCUCAUCUUAUCCUGCAGAAAGUUGUUUUACUUCAAAAUCUGGGCUUUCCUUGAUGUUAAGUUUGUGGAGCGGAUCCUGAAGAGUCAGGAAGAAGGGCAGUGUGCCCUGCGCACUCUCAAGGUGAGAAUUUACACGAACAGAUAUGAGACAAAUGAAGAGGACAGGACACUGCGGGAAAUUUACCGGAAGUACAGAAAGCUGAUCGAUUCAGAGCUUAAUUAUUUUGUCAUCGCCUACCCCAUGAUGUAGUGAGCGCUCUCCAGAGGAAGAAAGUAAGGAGCACUUUGAAGCUGAAAGCCUGGCUCAUAUAGAAGGACACUUGGGGCAUCCCCUCCCCCACCCCCUUUCCUCUCUCUCUCCAUUCAGCCAGGUCCACACCAACAUGAACACCCCAGCAAAGGCUGGGACUGCUGGGGAUGGGAAGGCCCCAGGUGACUUUAAAGUGCUAUAUUUAUCAUCUAUCCAGGGGUAAUUUCUCGUUUUGUCAUUUGAUUUUGAUUUUUGACACCCUCACUCAGCCACAGAGCUAAAAGCUCAAAGCCUCUCAAAGUGGUUUCCUCCCCUGACUCCCACUAACCAAUGCACCUGAGAAAGUGUGAUGAGCCAGGGAGCAAGUGGGAUCAUGUUUUCCAGUCAUUGCCAUUAUCAGUUCAGAAAUGCUUUCUGUCCUGGCCGGCCCUCAGGUCAGAGCCUCCUGAAACUGACCUUGGCCGAGCCUGGUCUCAGAAGAAUGGAAACCCACCAGCAUGUCCUCCGACAAAGCAGGGAAAUCCCCACUUUCAGAAGAAGCCCGCUGAGAGCUGGAACUCCCUCCUACAGAGGGAACUCAGCCCCAAAUUUAUCAGUGUUGUGGGCUGAUAGCUCCAGCACCUCCUU